AUGGAUUCCGAUGAGACCUUCGAUUUUAUUAUUGUCGGAGCUGGUGUUUCAGGUUGUGUCCUUGCCAGCCGAAUCUCUCAUAGUCGUCCCGAUCUGCGCAUCCUGCUGAUCGAAGCAGGUGUGGAGAAGGAUGAACGCACAUCCGGGGCAAUGGCAUUCACGGGGGGAUUUGAUUCGGAUAUCGAGUGGAAUUAUCGCUCCGUGCCGCAGGAGCGUGCAUUCGGGGGCGAUACGGUCAGUCAUGCAACUAAUAGUGGAAAACCACGCAACUAUCCCCUGAGGGAGAAGAUGCGCGAGUUUCAUGAACUGCUCGGACGCAAGCAGGUGGAUGAUAUCAAUAGUGGGCAGCAACUGGGAUAUGCAGAGGCUUUCAACUCCACCUACGAAGGCUUGAGGAGCUUCGCAAAUAGCUACCUGUUGGGUAAUAAUGUCAGUCUUUGGACGAAAUCGGUCGUGGAGAGGUUGAUUAUGAACGGAAAGUCUGCAGAGGGUGUCAUUGUUAUCCGGAAUGGAACGGAGCGCGUCCGUGUCAAAGCUGAUAAAGAGGUCAUUCUUUCAUCAGGUGCACAAGGCUCACCUAAGAUCCUUCUACUAAGUGGCAUCGGUCCUGCAGCGGAACUAGAUCGACACAACAUCACUCAGAUCAUCGAUCUCCCUGUGGGGAAGGGUUACACCGAUCAUCCUAGCAUAUUCACGUACUGGACUGUCGACAACCCCAAUGUUACCCUGGGAGAUGGGGAAAUGGAAGUUCCGCAGGUCCAUUGGCUCGCAGGGUUGCCAUAUGACUGGAUCUCCUUCGCACCAGCGGGUGAGAAAGCACAGGAAAUGGCCAGACAAGUGCUAAAUUCAACUGACCUUGGUCGGUACGCGGCUGACGGGAAGAUGCAAGUUGAGAACUUUGUCCUAUAUGCCUGUGUUGAUACGUCCACUCGAAAGACUCCGCUCCAAGGCUGGCCCGGUAAACGAGUCUUGAGCCUGAUGCACAUCCUCGUUGAUCCUGUUUCACGAGGAACAUUGAAGUUGCGCUCAGCAGAUUCUGCUGAUCCUCCGGUACUCGAUCCAAAGCUUCUGGCAUCCCCGAUCGACCGAUUGACAUUGUAUGAGAAUGUGCGCGAGACUGCGCGAGCUAUACAGGCCGUUGAGGGCCUCAAUCCCGUUGAGUUUGGCGACCAUUCCCUGCGCGAUAAUUGGUCUGACGAGGCAAUUGAUAUCCGGGCGAACCGGAGCGGUGGCACUGUGCUUCACUGUUCAGGAACCUGUGCGAUGGGACAGGUGGUUGACCCCGAGUUUCGAGUUUUCGAGAUCGAAAGGUUACGGGUGGUGGACUCGGGUGUCAUGCCAAUCCCCUUAGCUGCUCAUUAUCAGGCCCCGUGCUAUGCUAUUGCUGAGCAGGCUGCGGACAUGAUACUUUCCUCGACAACAUAG